AUGACCAACGUUCAUGAAAUUAGUGUGCACGGAUCACUUAGUCAGGCCUCCCUUGUGGAAUGUGCUGAGCGGCUGACCCCUUGGCGCAUACGCCUUCUGCCCAUGGGCGCAUCCUGGACCAUGUCUUCAACCGCCGAAUUGCUCUGGAAGAUACGACCGAUGGCAGCCAGACCCACCAAGAGUGUAAGCGGCAAUAUGGUGAUAGUGCAAAGAGAUGGCUCGCCUGAAGCGGCACACGAGGCCAGACACACCGUGCUAGCCAAAACUGCCGAGAAGCUCAUGAGGAGAUAUCUCGAGGUUAGGGUUGUACUCAAGAAGCGAAGGGUAAAGGAUAAGACCAGAUUUAUAAUGAAUCUUCUUGCAAGUGAUGUGAUGGAUUUUACGUGGCUACUCAUUCACCAUGGGGAGCUGUUACUGCCAGGACAUGGACUCAAUCAAGUCGUCCUAAGGUUUCCGGUGAGUUGGGACGAGGAUGGGCAGUACACGAUACGUGCGCCUAAUGCAGUCAAUGCGCACGUCCACAAUCAAUGUCUGGAAUACGGAGUAGUGCGGACGUUGUAUCCGGGGAUACUGGGGAAGUUCAUUGGUAGCUUUCCGUGUUGA